GAUGAGAGCAAUAGAGUGUGGUCGACUACAGCGAAAGGAGAUAGGCUCUGAAUUUGUUGGUUUGACACCUGCAACAAUUUUUACUGGACUUAAACCAUCUGCAGUGUGACUGGAAAUAUCUUAUCUGGUAAACAAACAAAAAAGGAAUUGAAAAGGAGAGGGGAAAAAACAAAGUAGAAAGGCAGGCUUGGAAGGUUGUUUCCGGGGAAGAUCCAUACAGAGACUAAGUAAAUCAGGAGCAACACUGUUUGGGAAUCAUGUGUAAAUCACUGUGUUUUAUCAUCCUACCUUGGGUGUUUGCUGUGCUUGUUUUCCCAGAUCCAGAGGGGGGAGAGGGGCAACCAACUGCAGCGAGUCCUGUGGCUGCCAGCAAACAUGGGAUGCAGACAACACCCACUUUCCCAACAUCUGCAGGACUUUUAGGAGUUCCGGCCAGAAGCGGUGAUUCGGUAUUAAAGGACAACAUCACCGUGAGACAAGGAGACAGCGCCGUCUUAAAAUGCAGUGUGGACAGUAAAGUGUCAAGAGUGGCAUGGCUCAAUCGCACCACCAUUCUUUUUGCAGGAAAUGAGAAAUGGUCUCUGGACCCUCGUGUAAUACUGAUGGAAAAUACAGCAGUUACAGAAUACAGCAUCAAGAUCCAAAAUGUCGAUGUGCACGAUGAGGGACCCUACGUCUGCUCCAUCCUUACCAAUAAGAAACCAAAAUCCAUAAAAGUGCAUCUCAUUGUUCAAGUCCCUGCCAGGAUCACAAAUAUAUCGAAGGACAUCGCAGUAAAUGAGGGCAGCAAUGUCAAUCUCAUGUGCUUUGCAGCGGGUCGACCAGAGGCGAACAUCAUGUGGCGGCAUCAUUCCCCAAGAGGCACGCACAAAUUCAUAACAGAAGGGGAGCAUCUGGAGUUGACAGCCAUCACCAAAGAGCAGUCGGGAUCAUAUGAGUGCAUGGCCUCUAAUGACAUCUCAUCCCCUGAUGUUAGGACAGUGCAGGUCACAGUCAACUAUCCACCUUUAAUUUCGAAGGCAAGGGGUACGGGUACUGCAGUUGGACAAAAAGGAGUCCUUCAAUGCGAAGCCUCAGCUGUCCCGUAUGCAAAUUUUGAAUGGUACAAAGAAGAUCGCAGGCUUUUCAAUGGAAUCAAUGGGAUUAAGAUAGAGAAUCAAGGCAAACAGUCUAUGCUCAUCUUUUUCAAUGUUUCUGAAGAAGACUAUGGGAACUACACGUGUGUUGCCAUGAACACCAUGGGGAUCACUAACGCCAGCAUAAUUCUUUAUGGUCCCGGUGCGAUGCAUGAUGUCAAUGGGGCAGCUGUUUUACCCCGAUUCUCCUGUUGCCCCCUGCUGAUGGUGACCUUGCUGUACCUGCUGAAGUUCUGACAACCUCCGAGCUUCUCUCUGCAUUGAAUAAGAACAGACUGUUUGCUCUGUAAAAAAAGAAAAAAAGAAUGAAAACUAGGAGUGCCCGUGGUUCACCUUUUUGUUUUAAGGGUCUUUUUUUUUUUUCAAUUGUUUUGUUCUUUUGUAUUGGAGUCUGCUCUCUAAAGAAUGGGAGGCAUCAGUCCAAUAAAGGGAAUCAUGAACUAAUUUUAAUGCUGAUAAAAGUACUGAGUUUGUGUCUCCCCCAAUUUUUUGUAUGUGAAACGGGAAAAAAAAGAAUAAUUGUUAAUAGUUGACUGUUUCUUGCCCAAUAUUGGAGUGCACAUUCUGAUUAUUAUUGUGUAAUGUCUAUGUGUACAAUGCAACUUAACUUUUUUUAAGUAAAUGAUAAAAGGGAAAUGUGAUUGUUGAAUCUGACUGUAUUUUUACAGUUGUAUGCAAAACAGAAUAAGACAUUCUUCAUGAUGAGCAGUUCUAAAUGAAAACACAACGAAUUCUCAGGCAAGUCCUACAACAUAAUGCAUCGGAAUUGUAAUUUACAGUAGAGUUUAGAAAAUGUACCAAUCUAUACAAAAGAAAAAAAUAUCGUUUGCUUUCGAUGUUUUGUUCCUGGUGUGUUAUCUCUCUGCAGGGGUGUGCAUUGAAGAUGUUUAUGCAUAUUACAGUAUGUAUGUUUCUUUGAAGUGAUUUUGCAUUGCAACUCGUGCGAUAAGUUGUCAAAUAGUCCCAUUUAAACAGAACUUACAGUAUGCAGUAUGCAAAGCGAACGUAACAAAUGCAGAUUUUUUUCUUUUUUUUUCAUAUAGAAAAGAGUGGUCACAAAAAUUGUUGAUUGUUGUGAAUCAUAAGCUAUGAAUGUUACAGUCACCAGAUCGUGGAAACUCUAAUCAUCAGAAUUAAAAAAAAAAAAUACUC